AUCCGCAGUCUGCGCGGCUGUGUGCGUCUCUGCGAGUCUCGGCAGGUGUAGCCAAGGGUGGGAGCCCAGGUGGAGGCAGACGCGUUGGCUCUCGGUUUUGUAAAAAGGCUCCCGGACGGCCAAGAUGCUGAAGCAGAUCCUAGCGGACAUGUACAUCGAUCCAGACCUGCUGGCGGAGCUGAGCGAGGAGCAGAAGCAGAUCCUAUUCUUCAAGAUGCGCGAGGAACAGAUCCGGCGGUGGAAAGAGAGGGAAGAGGCACUAGAGAGAAAGGAGGCCUCGUCCGGGACCCCCAGACCCAAGAAAGAGAAUGGCAAAUCCGUGCACUGGAGGCUGGGAGCUGACCAGGAGGUGUGGGUGUGGGUAAUGGGUGAGCACCCUCUGGACAAGCCCUACGACGUGCUGUGCAACGAGAUCGUGGCGGAGCGGGCCCGGAGGCAAGCAGAGCAGGACGCCCAACAGCUCAGUUCUUCAAGGACUAUUCAGCAAAUGCUGGCAGAUUCUAUCAGCCGUAUGAAGGCAUGUGGAUUUCAACAGAAGAAAGAACCUGUGAAGAAACAGGAAGAAGAGGAGGUCAAAGAAAUAGAUGAAGAGAGAACCAAGCAGAUUUACAAGAACUGGAAGGAAGACUCAGAGUGGCAAGCGUCGUUGCGGAAAUCCAAGUUGGCCGACGAGAAGAGGCGCUCUCUGGCCAGACAAGCGCGGCAGGACUACAAGAGACUCUCUCAGAGAAGCCGGAGUGGGCAGGCGCCACAGACCCCCGCGAGUGUCCCCCAGAAACCCAAGAGGCCUCCUCUGCCCCCAAAGCCUCAGUUCCUAAGCCCAGCAAAACCACUCAGGACUCAAGGAGUGAUGAGGACGGCAUCCAGUUUUGGCCAGGAGGACAUCAUCCGCUGGUUUAAGGAGGAGCAGCUGCCCUUCCGAGCAGGCUACCUGAAAACCUCUGACACUGUCGCCCCCUGGUUCCAUGGGAUUCUCACUCUGCAGAAGGCCAAUGAGCUGCUGAGUACCACGGGUGUGCCUGGCACCUUCCUGGUCCGGGUCAGCGAGAAGAUCAAAGGCUAUGCCCUCUCCUACUUGGCGGAGGACGGCAACUGCAAACAUUUCCUUAUUGACGCCUCGGCUGACUCUUACAGCUUCCUGGGCGUGGACCAGCUGCAGCAUGCCACGCUGGCUGACCUGGUGGAGUACCACAAGGAGGAGCCCAUAACCUCCCUGGGCAGAGAGCGCCUUCUCUACCCCUGUGGUCAGCAGGACCAGCCGCCGGACUACCAAGAGCUCUUUGAGUGA